UACUUUAAGAAAUUCUUAUACAUUUUCCAACCAAUUUGAUCAAACCAAAAAUCAGAAACAGCAGAAUGCAGGUAGCACCGGUGAUAAUAAUCGGAGCUGGAACUUCCGGCCUAGCCACGGCAGCUUGUUUAACAAAACAAUCCAUACCAUUCAUCCUUCUCGAAAGAGAAAACUGUUUUGCUUCUCUAUGGCAAAACUACACCUACGAUCGUCUUCAUCUUCAUCUCAGAAAGCAAAUUUGCGAGUUACCACACUUUCCAUUUCCAUCUUCUUAUCCUCACUACGUACCCAAAAAACAGUUCAUACAAUAUUUAGACAACUACGUCAAAAACUUCAACAUCAAUCCUUUAUAUAAUAGAAAGGUUGUGUUAGCAGAGUAUGUUGAUGGUGAUGAGAAGUGGAGAGUUAAGGCUGAGAAUGGAAAUUCUGGUGAAGUUGAAGAAUAUUAUGGAAGGUUCUUGGUUGUGGCUAGUGGCGAAACGGCUGAACCUCGAGUACCUGAAGUUGUAGGGUUGGAGAGUUUUAAAGGGAAAGUGAUGCAUUCGACUGGGUAUAAAAAUGGAAGAGAGUUUAAAGAUGAACAUGUUCUUGUUGUUGGGUCCGGGAAUUCUGGUAUGGAGAUUUCCUUGGAUUUGGCCAAUUUCGGUGCCAAACCUUCUAUCAUCGUGAGAAGCCCGGUUCAUUUUCUUUCGAGGGAUAUGAUGUAUUAUGCCGGAUUUUUGCUGAGUUAUCUGUCAUUAAGUACGGUGGAGAAACUGGUGGUGAUAGUUAGCAGAAUUGUGUAUGGAGAUCUGAGUAAAUAUGGUAUACCUUUGCCUAGUGAGGGUCCUUUCACUAUGAAGAUUAAGUAUGGAAAAUUUCCUAUAAUUGAUUUGGGAACUGUCAAGAAAAUCAAAUCUGGAGAAAUACAGGUGUUGGGAGCUGAAAUAGAGAGUAUAAGAGGUAACCAAGUGUUGUUGCGUGAUGGAAAAUCCUACCCAUUUGACUCCAUUAUAUUCUGCACAGGUUUCAACAGAUCAACUCAAAAAUGGCUUAAGGGAGGUGAUGAUCUUUUGAAUGAGGAUGGUUUUCCAAAGCCUGGUCUACCAUACCCUUGGAAGGGUAAGAAUGGUUUGUACUGUGUUGGAUUGUCAAGGAAGGGGUUUUAUGGAGCUAACUUUGAUGCUCAAAAUGUAGCAAAUGACAUUGCCUUGUUAGUUCCUCAAGAUGAAAGAAAAUGAGUUGUGACUGUCAUGUGAUGUGUUUCGUUAGUUUGAAAUAAGGAAUGUGGUUUGGUGUGAUAUAGGAAGGACCAUGCAUACAAUUGAUGUUUAAGAACUAAAUGAUCAUAGUAUAUAAUUUGUUUACCAUGAUUUUAUUGAAA